GCGAAGCCGUGGUGCUAUUUGAAUCACUGCUUUUUGGUGUCCGAAACCCCUCUCGUUUGGAAUUUGGAUUCCUUCCUGGCGGCUCUCGUCCUCCUACUUUCUCUCUCUUAGGGUUUCCCACCCCUCUCCCCCCUUCUCCCGCGCCCCGCCUGGGGUCUCUCUACCCCCUCUCUCUCUUCUCUAUUCCUCCUGUCUCCUAGGAUUUUGCCAUCGGAUUCCAUCGGAACCUCGCCCAACACGCGUGCCUUUUCGAGAUCUCACCAUGACAGCUGUUGCUCCCACUACUGACCAAGCUUCAGAUUUGCUGCAAAAGUUGUCGAUGGAUUCUCAGGCCAAGACUAAUGGUGCUAUGGAGGCUACCAAGAAGCCUUCUGCUAUUCAAUUUGGGUCUGCCAAUGGUGAAGUCCCAAAUAUGCUGAUCCCAUCACAGCGGUCAUUAACACCUCUACUUCCAGACUUCAUGGAUCCAAGCAUGUGUUAUUUUCCCAAUGGAUACCCUUUCUAUUAUGGAGGUUUCGAUGGUUCUGUCAAUGAGUGGGGGGAUGAUUACUCUAGGUAUUUGAACCAAGAUGGAGUGGAGAUGCCUCCUGGGUUCUAUGGAGAUAUGUAUCAUCAUGGAUAUGGGUAUGCUCCUUAUGGUGCAUAUCCAUCUCCUGGUUCCCCAGUUCCUACCAUUGGGCAUGAUGGUCAACCGUAUGGUCCACAGCAUUAUCAGUACCCAACUCCAUUUUUCCAGCCACUAACUCCUAUCAGGGCACCACAUAUGGCAAACCAAUCCCCUACUUCUCAAAGCAAGGUUUCGACUUCGGCUGCUGCUGAUCAGCCAUCCAUCCCAGUGGAUACAACCAAGGCCAACUCAAAUGGAAUUGCCAAUGGGAAUGCAAAUGGAAAUAGUGGGUCAGCACCUCAAAGGCCAAGCCACCAAAAUCAGUCAUUAACUUUGAAUAGUUCCCAUGGUAGAGGACUGACUUCUACUGGUUACAAGGAUCCAAGAUUCAGUUUUGAUGGAAUGCGGUCCCCGGUACCCUGGUCUGAGGGACCAGUUUUCUCGAAUGGGCAACACAGACCAGCUACAACAAGCUCCAUAUCGUCUACAGCAUCACAUAAUGGUACAACUGCAGCAAGAAAUCAGAAUCACCAUCCUCUUCCUCAUGUCAUGGGUUUGCAUGCCUCAAGACCGACAUCUGGGAUGGGACCAGCAGCUUCUGGUUUCGUCAAUAGGAUGUACCCAAACAACCGGUUUUAUGGCCAGAAUGCACUCAGAACUGGUGUUGGCUUUGGAUCAAAUGGUUAUGAUUCUAGGAUGAAUGGGCACUGGGGAUUGGUUGCAGACAGCAGGUACAAACCUCGGGGCCGUGGCAAUGGAUAUUAUGGUUAUGGCAAUGAGAACCAAGAUGGUUUUAGUGAGCUGAACAGAGGGCCUAGGGCAGGGCACUUGAAAAACCAAAGGAUUUUUGGUCCUACUGUUACAAUUGCUGCAAGGGGGCAGAGCCUCUCUUCAAUCGGGAAUGAUGAUUCUAUUGUAAUACAAGAUAAGGAACAAUACAACCGUGCUGACUUCCCUGAGAAAUACACUGAUGCAAAGUUCUUCAUCAUUAAAUCAUAUAGUGAGGAUGAUAUUCAUAAGAGCAUCAAAUACAACGUCUGGGCAAGCACCCCCAAUGGAAACAAGAAGCUGGAUGCUGGAUACCAGGAAGCUCAGCAGAAAGCUAGUGGAUGCCCUGUCUUUUUGUUUUUCUCAGUCAACACCAGUGGGCAAUUUGUUGGGGUUGCGGAAAUGGUGGGUCCGGUUGAUUUUAACAAGACUGUGGAGUACUGGCAGCAAGACAAGUGGAAUGGUUGCUUCCAUGUCAAGUGGCACAUUGUCAAGGAUGUAGCGAACAGCGUUCUCAAGCACAUCACAUUAGAGAACAAUGAUAACAAGCCAGUGACAAACAGUCGAGAUAGUCAAGAGGUAAAACUGGAACAGGGUCUUCAAAUGCUCAAGAUUUUUAAGGAGCAUGUGAGCAAGACAUCCAUUUUGGAUGAUUUCAUGUUCUAUGAGAACCGCCAGAAAUUGAUGCAAGAGAAAAAGGCCAAGCAACAGCUUCAGAAACAGGCCUGGGAUGGAAAAACUUCUGAUGCUGUUGCUGGGGAGAGAGAGAAGGAUGCUGCUAAUGGGAAGCCCAGAUGGCAGAAACCUUUGGAAUCUGUUACAAUUUUGAACAAGGAUGUGCAGCAGGGUGGCCUUGAAGAACUAAAGCCAUCCGAGGAAAAUGGUGUGGCUGUUGCAGCUGGUGAUGCGUUGAAGAUGGCUAAACCAGCAACAGAGAAGAGAGCAAUUGCGAAUGGUUCUGCAGGUGGAUGUUAGGGUGUUAACCCCUAGUUUGUCAGCCGUAGCCAAUGAACUGUCUAGAAGUGGUUUCAGAAUACCUUUUUGUUGGCUCAAAUAAAUGUCAUUAUGCCUGGGCAUCCGACGCCCAGAUUUGCAAGGCUGCAGAGGAUUUUACGUGUGGGGUGCUGAGAUCUUUUGCAACAAAAGCCUUCAUAGCCGCUUGAGUGUGAUAAGGCAGUUGGUUUUCUCAAUGCCUAGAGUACUGAGUUGGGUUGCCAUUUCCACAUCUGGACUGUUCUUAGGUUUCGGAAUAUUGGGGUUUUUGCAGAGUGUACUGAGGAGUUUUUCGCUACCAAUUUUAGUUUUGGGGUUUGGAUUAGAUUGUCUUUUACACUUGAAAUUGUCUUUCCUUUUAUGAAGUCUUUCCUUCUCCUGUAAAUCUUUGUACCUCUAAGAAUAAGAAUCAUGUUAGAGUAUUGCAAGGGAGGAGUUGAGGGGAGCUCUUAGUAUGCUUUGCAUCUUCCAAUUCCAUGACUUCAAUUUGAAUAUGUGCAUCAAAGGAGACACUUGAUUUGUUGGCUUCAGUA